UACAUGAGCAUAAGGCGAAUGGCGAGCAGCUGAUCGUCUACCGAUAGUAAAUUUUUGUUCUUCAAUAUCAUAUCGAUAGCAAUAUUUUUUUAUUUUGGUAAAAACAUCGCUUAAACAGCUAAUACAAUUCCCGGCUUGCAAUUCAAGAACAGCUGCUCGACAGCCGAUAACAUAUUUGUCUUCAUUCGAUAGCACGAUAAUAAUUCCAAACGUUUUGCGAGGACGAACAUUCGCGUUGCUUUUAUUUAAACAAUUUAAUUUUCGCUUUAAGAGCUGACACAAUGUCUGGCUUGGAGUCGUACAUUAACCACACAGUCUCCAUUAUCACGGCGGACGGGCGCAACUUUAUAGGAACACUUAAAGGCUUCGACCAGACCAUAAAUAUCAUCAUCGACGAAUGCCAUGAGCGCGUUUUCUCCACAACGUCGGGCAUUGAGCAAAUUGUGCUCGGUCUUCACAUAAUCCGUGGCGACAACAUUGCUGUUAUUGGACUGAUAGAUGAUACCAUCGACUCCCGGCUGGAUUUGGCAAACAUCAGAGGCGAGCCACUGGGACCAGUAGUGCAUUGAUUGUAAACGUAGUUA